AAGAGUCAAGCCUAUCUAUAUAGAGCUAUCAAUGGAAGAAAGAAAAAAAAAAUGACCGUUGGGAAGAACCCACCAGUUGUUUCCCAAUUUACAAUAACUAAUUAAAGCUAUUUAUUAAGAUUCCCAAAUACUAGGAUUGUCAUAUAUAUACACACAUAUGUAUAUGUGUGUAUUCCUUGAAAGUCUUCAAAUCAUUAAAGCUCUCUCCUUUUUGUUCAUUCUUCAAGACAAUAAUUCCAUUCUUAUAUGCUCACUCUCACUCUCUCUUUCUCUUUAAUUAUUAUUCAUCAAUUGUUAAUUUGUUGUAAGAAUCGUAUCAUAUCAUAUAUUCGUUUUGAUUUGUUGUAAUGGCUUGUUUCAGGCUGAGUUGUUUGUUGAUCGUCUUCGUUCUCGCAUGCACUUCAACGACGUCGUUGCUAUCUCAUGCCAAGAAGCAAGGAAAAGCCAGACGUCUGAGCUUUGUGCCGUCUUCUUCUUCUUCUUCUGGCAGUAGUAGCGGUACUGGUGGUUCUGCUCCGACCAGCUCGGCCAAGCACCGCCGCCACAAGUGGAUCGGACCCACUGGACACCGCGUCAUCACAGUCGACGUCAAGGGCUCUGCUCAGUUCAAGUCCGUCCAAGCUGCCGUGGAUUCUGUUGCGGAGAACAACACAGUCAGCAUUACCAUACUCAUCAGACCAGGAUACUACAUAGAGAAGGUGGUGGUUCCAGUGACAAAGCCGUACAUAACAUUUCAAGGAGCUGGGAAAGAAGUGACGAUUAUUGAAUGGCACGACCGGGCUAGUGAUCCUGGGCCCAAUGGUCAGCAGCUCCGGACUUACAGAACCGCUUCUGUCACUGUUCUUGCCAACUAUUUCUCAGCUAGAAAUAUCAGCUUCAAGAACACAGCACCGGCUCCAUUGCCGGGCAUGCAAGGGUGGCAAGCGGCGGCGUUUCGAAUAUCAGGGGACAAGGCGUACUUCUCGGGGUGUGGAUUCUAUGGGGCGCAGGACACCCUAUUGGACGACGCCGGGCGCCAUUAUUUCAAGCAGUGCUACAUUGAAGGUUCCAUAGAUUUCAUCUUUGGAAACGCUCGCUCCAUGUACAAAGACUGUGAGCUGCACUCCAUCGCAACGAGGUUCGGUUCUAUAGCAGCACAGUACAGGAACUCGCCGUACGAGAACACGGGCUUUGCGUUCGUGAACUGCAGAGUCACGGGUACAGGUCCACUCUACGUGGGGCGAGCCAUGGGGAAGUACGCGAGAAUUGUCUACUCUUUCACUCAUUUCGAUGACGUGGUUGCACACGGUGGCUGGGAUGACUGGGACAACAUCAACCGUGACAACAACAACAGCAAGAAUGUGCUUUUGGGAGUGUACAAGUGCUCGGGUCCGGGUGUAACAGCACUGCAUGGGACAUCUUGGGCAAGAGAGCUCGAUUUCGAUACAGCUCAUCGGUUCCUGGUGAAGAGUUUUGUAAAUGGCAGACACUGGAUUGCACCCUCUGAUGCUUAGCAUAUUAUUAGCCAUGACAUUACAAAAAUUAUUCUUUUAUUCAUUUCUUUUUUCAUGUGUUCUCAUGUAAUAAGUUGUAUCAUGUAAUGUUUUCAUGGCUCAAAUAUAACAUAUAAUACAUAAGUGAAGAUGUGACUAUGUGAGUGAGUGAACUUCGAUA